UUUCUCUCUCGCUCUCUCUCUCUCUACAUAUAUAUGAAUGUCGCGUUUCGUGAAAUAGUCAUCAUUGCUAAAGCGUAUAGUAAAGAACGCAUGGCUGCCAAUCGGGUACUCGUUUACGGAGGAAGAGGCGCGCUAGGUAGCAAAAUUGUUCAGCACUUCAAAUCUAAAGGAUGGUGGGUAGCCAGCAUCGAUAUCGUUGCCAAUGAGGAGGCAAACGCGAACGUACUGGUGAAGUUAUCCGAGUCAUUUACAGAGCAAGCGGGACAGGUGACAGCAGAUGUGGCCCAGUUGCUAGGGGACCAGAAAGUGGAUGCCAUCUUGUGUGUGGCAGGUGGUUGGGCAGGAGGAAAUUGCAGCUCAAAAGACUUGUACAAAAACACAGAUAUGAUGUGGAAGCAGAGUGUGUGGACCUCUACCAUCUCUAGCCACCUGGCUGCUGUGCACCUGAAGCAAGGGGGACUGCUGACUUUGGCUGGGGCUAAAGCAUCACUGGGUGGCACUAGUGGCAUGGUGGGCUAUGGCAUGGCCAAAGCAGCAGUCCACCAGCUCUGUCAGAGUCUAGCCGGAGAAGACAGUGGGAUGCCCCCUGGAGCUGUGGCUGUAGCCAUACUACCGGUAACCUUGGAUACGCCGAUGAACAGGCAGUUCAUGCCUGAUGCAGACUUUGGUUCCUGGACACCACUGGAGUACAUUUCAGAAACUUUCUUCAAUUGGGCCACUGGUGCGGAUCGUCCAGCUUCGGGCAGUCUGAUGCAGGUCACCACCACCGGAGGCGAGACACAGAUCCUACCCACACAAUAGAGGAGAGAGAGGUGGAGAGGGAGGGAGAGAGAGAGAGACAAAGAGAGGGAGGGAGGGAGAGAGAGACAAAGAGAGGGAGGGAGGGAGAGAGAGACACUGAGAGGGAGGGAGAGAGGGGCAGUGAGCGGGACGGUUGGGAGAGACAGUGAAAGGGAGGGAUAAAAUGAGUCACAGGGAGAAAGAGUACUGAGGGUUGAGAUAUCGAGAUAGGAGGAAGCAGAAAGAGGUAGGGUAGAUGGAGGGAAAGAAAGUAAGAUAGCUGUGGCAUGAACAGGAAUAUUUCCCCCUGAAAAAUAGGCCCACAGUGCCAUCUAGUGGUAGAAUGAAACAUUUGCAGCGGAAACAUGAACCUUAUUUAGAAUGUUUUUUGCUCUUUUAGUUAGAGCAUCUUUUACCACAAGAUUGAUGGCACCCAAAGAUGAAGUAAGCUACUGUCUUAAUGUCAAACAUACAAUGCAUUUCAGUGGAGUGGCCUAACUCUGUGUAUUGUAUUCCUUUGUCGAGUGUACUUGAUGUGCGUGAACGGUUGGUUAUUAUUAUUAAUUUUUUUUAAGGGGGUAGAUCAGCUUAAUAUUGCAGAUUGAUUGUAACUUCCAUCAAUGUAAUUGUCUGCAUCACUUCCGAUCCGCCAUGUUUACAUAUAUAUAUACAUACAUACACACAUACACACAUACACACAUACAUAUCCUUAAAAAAUAUAUAUUCCCCUUUAUUACUUUCCAACCCCACUAUUACUAUUAUCAGUAUCUCAUAACAAAUUUGUUUUUUUGUGUGUGUCAUUUGAUGUGGUUUUACCACCUCUUUCUCAAUUUGAAUAAAACUCCAUAUUAAUCACAGUCUGAUGUAAUAAUAUGUGCGAGACAAUAAAAAUAUUACAACAUCA